GCAGCUGAGCGUCGACAGCUGAGAGCCGCGCGCCACUUUCCAUCUCUUCCCUCCGCACUGCGAAUCUGUGAGGUGAGGUGAGGUGACGGAUCGGAUCGGCUCGGCUCGGCUGGGAGAGUCUCUUUCAUUCCACCUGCCCAACACUUGGACACCUUCUUUGGGACACGGAAACGGAAUUCUGCGCAGACGACAAAUGCCCGACACCCGCGGCAGGCGCCCCCGGACCCGAUGGGGAGGGACGCGAGCAGAGCAGUGAUGGGACAGUUUCCGGGAGGAUGCUACUGGACUUUGCCCGUCCUCGUGCUCCUCAGCUCGCAGGUCCUGACCGCCUCGGCGCGAGGUCCUCGAGGGGAAGCCCUGCAGCAUGGCCAGUCGGGGACCCUACCCCGCUUCGUGGAGGAGCCUGUGGAUGCCUACAUCAUCAAGAGUAACCCUAUCAAGCUCCGGUGCCAAGCCCGGCCCGCGCUCCAAAUCUUCUUUAAGUGCAACGGUGAAUGGGUCCACCAGAGCCAGCACAUGUCGCAGGAGCACACAGACAUCGUGACAGGGCUGAAGAUCCGCGAAGUGAUGAUCAACGUGUCACGUCAGCAGGUGGAGGACUUUCAUGGGCCGGAGGAUUACUGGUGUUUGUGCGUCGCCUGGAGCCACCUGGGAACCUCCAAGAGCCGCAAAGCAACCGUCCGGAUUGCCUACCUGAGGAAGAACUUUGAGCAGGACCCUCCAGGCACUGAGGUGCCUCUGAAUGGCAUGAUUGUGCUCCACUGUCGUCCCCCAGAGGGAGUGCCUGUGGCUGAGGUGGUGUGGCUGAAAAAUGAGGAGCCUCUAAGCUUUGGCGACGAUGGCGUCAUUGAUAAAAAAGGCGACCAUAGUCUGAUCAUCUCUGAAGCCCGCCUCUCGGACUCUGGGAACUACACCUGCGUCGCCAGCAACAUCGUGGCUAAGAGACGCAGCACCACAGCAAUGGUGGUGGUUUACGUGAACGGAGGCUGGUCGUCAUGGACAGACUGGUCCCCCUGCAACGUGCGCUGUGGUCGAGGUGUUCAAAAACGUUCUCGCACCUGCACAAAUCCAGCUCCUCUGAACGGAGGAGCCUUCUGUGAGGGCAUGUCGGUGCAGAAGAACACGUGCAACACAGUAUGUCCAGUUGAUGGCGGUUGGGGGGAAUGGAGCGAGUGGUCGCUGUGCAGUCCAGACUGCGAGAGGCAGCGCAGCAGAGAGUGUACCUCUCCGGAGCCCAAACACGGAGGCCGGCUGUGUGAUGGGGUGGCGGUGGCUGCACACAACUGCACGGGCGGCUUCUGCACUCAGAAUCGGAAGCUCCUCCAUGACUCCAAGCCACAAGAUGGGGAGAGCGCUAAUGAUGUGGCCCUGUACUCAGGCCUGGCCGCAGGCGUGGUGACGGUGGUGCUGUUGAUCAUUGCCGUCACUCUUUACCGGCGGAGCCAGAGCGAGUAUGGCGUGGAUGUCAUCGACUCCUCCGCCCUCACUGGGGGUUUCCAGUCCUUCAGCUUCAAGACCUCUCGUCAAGCAAACCCCCUUCUUAUUAACUCGUCCAUGCAGCCUGAUCUGACGGUGUCUCGUACCUACACGAGCCCCAUGUGUUUCCAGGACUCCAUUGACAAGGAGAUAAUGGCAGAGCACACGCUCCUUCACCCGCUGCCUGAUCUGAAGGACAAAGGGCUGGCAGAAAGGGAGUAUCACGUAAUGUCCCACCCGCAGACGUUUCCACGGGGCUUGACUCCAGACUACAGAGGGGUUGCAGUGGGGACGACUCUGGGCAGAAGAAGCAAAAACAUUUUCACUGCGCAACUCUCGCUAACGCCCAGCAGACCGCUGCAUAAAGCCGCUGCGGUGUUUGCCCAUGCUGGAGGCAAGCUGGUGGUACCAAACACAGGUAUCAGUCUGCUCGUGCCCCAUGGGGGGAUUUCCGAAGACACUACGUGGGAAAUGUACAUGAGCAUCAGCCAGGAGGACAGCAGCACUCUGUCUGAGGAUGAGUCAGAGAUCUUUCUGAGCCCUGCAGUCACGUACGGCCCGCCGGGCCUCGACCUGUCCUGCCCUUUAGCCAUGACCAUCGCACACUGCGCGGAGAUUGCUGCCGACAACUGGACGAUCCGGUUAAAGAGACAAGUCCAGAACAACAAGUGGGAGGAAGUACUAUCUGUAGACGAAGAGAGCACAUCGUGCUACUGUCUACUGGAGGCCCAGAGGUGCCAUGUGCUGCUGGGCCAGCCGGGUUGCUACGUGCUGGUGGGGGAGCCUCUUAACCAGGAGGCAGCCAAGCGGCUGAGACUGGCCGUGUUUGGCAGCCCAGACGUCGGCAACGCUUUGGGCUUCACCAUGAGGGUGUACUGUGUGGACGACACACCCCACGCAUUUCAGGAGGUGGCUGUGGGGGAGCGCAGCAGGGGGGGACGACUCCUGGAAGAGCCCAAAAUGAUGCUGUUUAGGGGGAACACUUUCAGCCUCCAGGUGUCCAUCCAGGACGUCCCACAGUUGCUCUGGAGCAUCAAGCCUUUCACCACCUGCCAGGAGUUCUCCUUUUCUCAGGUGUGGGCCGGUAACCAGCGUCCCCUGCAGUGUGCCUUCUCUUUGGAGCGAUACAGCCACUCCCCGUCUCAGCUCUCCUGCAAGAUCAGCAUCCGGCAGGUCACAGGAGAGGAGCACAUCCUCCAGAUCUAUACGUCUGUCGUGGAGAAUGAAAAGGCAGUGGUCCCGUUUUUCACUCAGUCAGACUGUACCAUCACAUCGCAGACAGGGUCAAGAGCCUUCAAGAUCCCCCCGUCCAUCCGUCAGCGGAUCAGCGCCACCUUUGAUGCCGAUAAUGCCAACGGGAAGGACUGGCGGCUCCUGGCUCGAAAGCUCCACAUAGACAGGAACCUGUGCUACUUUGCAUGUCAGGAAAGCCCAUCUUCUGUGAUUCUGAGUCUGUGGGAAGCCCAGCACCAGGAUUCUUCAGACCUGGAUUCUCUGGCCAGCGCCCUCGAAGAAAUCGGCAAGGUCCAGUCGCCCAAGGGAACCGGCGCUCUCACUUGCAACAGAGAGGAUUCUGAAUUUACGAAACUUGGGUAGGGCUGGUCUGCAGCAGAUCAACACGAGAGGAACCAGUACUGCAUGAACAUUGAUGAUCCGGUGUACCAACGUACCGGUGGGGAGGAGGAGACCUCUAUUCAAGGAACACCUCUGCUAAACCAAAUGGUCCAUGACGACACAAUAAAGUAAAAUAUAUUAAUAAAGACCAAAAGAUGAGGCUUUGUGAGGCAAUGAUGCAUUUUUGGAAAGUAAAAUCCGAACAGUCAUGUGAAAAGGGGACUAAAUAAUCUUAAACUCUACGUUUUUACAUGUAAGGACAUAACAAACAAUCAUCUGGCUGUUUUAAAUUUGACACCUCCAACCUCAGAUGAUCAACAUUGUGACUGUAUUUAACAAAAAUGAGGAUCCAGUAGCUUGCAGAUCCGGCGCUAGCAGCAGUAGCUUGCAGAAGUCCUUCCCUGUUUGACCGUGUCUGUGGUUCGCGUCAUUGUGGAGGAGUUUUGGUCCACUCCUUUAGGUCGUUGAUGUUUCUCAACUUUAUCCGCAGGAACCUUAGCUUCUCAGUCAAGUGGAGGUCUGGACUUAGACCGGUCCAUGUAUUUAUGAACCAUUCUGGUGUAGGUCCGCUGGUGCGGUUGGUGAUCAUUGUCCUGUUAUGUGACGCAGUUUCAACCAGACUCAAGCUGUCGCACAUAUUCCCUCAUAAUUCACGAGUUCAUGGCCCCUCCAUCCCUCUAUCGCUGUGAUCCAUGGCUGGGAUAAGGUUUUGUUGUGUUGUUUUAUAGCCAAACAACUCCAUUUGAGUCUUAUCUGUCCUGAGGACAAUGUUCCUGAAGUUCCUGUGGGUUUUUUUGUGAACUCUAUGUACUGUUUUUAGCACCUUUCUAGUCUUGCUGGCUGUUUAAAUCCUAGGUUCAUGCAGAGCUGUGAGUCCAUAGAGAUGAAAGCUUCAGAGGAACGGAUGGGUUCAGUGUUUUGCUAAAGGACUAACUGGACUGACAGACCAGGAAUCAAACCACCGACUUUCCAGUUCCCAGAUGACGGCUCUCUCCCCCGAGAGAAAGCCCCAGACUAAUUUUACUUUAUGGCUUUAAUUUAACUAACAAUCACCGCAAAGGAUGCGGCACACACACCCACAUAAUUAAGUUCCCUGAUUAAUAUUCAUUUAUGUUAACUUGGGAGCAUGACACCAGAGAAGACAUCCAAGAGGAGAUGCUUUACUGUGUGAAACUCAGAGCUUUGGAGAAAUAAAGAGAGGAUUUUGUUUCCCCAGUGGAAGUCACUGACACGCUUCGGUUCUCACCUGGCAUUAUCAGGUGUGUCGUCAUUCGUCUUGGUGGGGAACUUGUGAUAGGAUCUUUGGAUCUCAGCCCCCACCCUGAAUAUCCAGAUAAACAAGUACAUGAUUUCAACCAGCAAAGAUCAAAUGCAUCAGGAGGCGGUGGUUAAACCGAUGCCUGGUGGGACGAAUAGCACCCUUCCUUUCUGUGCCAAUCUUUAUUUUUUCCGACCUUUCAGCAGAUGAACUCUACACACACAUCAAUGAUUGGAUUGAGGAAAAAGAUCCAAAACGUGGGAGAUGACAAAAGGCUUCAAACAGAUUAAAAUAAUAAUGGGAAAUGAGGAUGAACUAAGGUAGACGAAGCAAAACAACGCAAACAGGUUCACGACUUUACGGUUGUUAAAUGUAGUCACUUUUUAGCAAAUUUCCCAGAUUUGAACCAAAAAAACCAUCUCUUGCAUUCAGUUUCCCAUAGGCUGCAUUUUUACCACCUUCUGUAUCAGCUUUGGAUUUACACAUCUUUUUUUUCUUGGAUUUUUGAGGCUCUAGUGGCCUUUAUUUUGAAAGCGGCUAGACAGGACAUGGUUAGAGAAAGGGAAGAAAACACAAAGGUAAAGCGUGACAGGUUGGGAUUCAAACCUGCACGAGGAUGAUAGCAUGUGUGUGGUACCUGCCCAACCCACUAAGCUUUGGUGGAACACAACAAUUGCACACACAAGUCUGUAAGUCUUUUGGCCAAUCACAAUCAAGAUGAAGGCAUUGCUUCAUUCCCAGAAUCUGGUGGAAUGUAGUCUGUUUUUCAUUCAAUCAACGUUACAUCAACCAGACUUCCACAGACACUUUAGCUUUAGGUUAGCUUUGAUAUAAAUCUCCAACGAUAUAAUAUGCUACGUUGAUGUUGAGUAGGGUUGCCACCCGUCCCGUAAAAUACGGAAUUGUCCUUUAUUUGAGAAAAAAAUGUUGCGUCCCGUAUUGAACUAAUACGGGACGCGAUUUGUACCGUAUUUUCAUUAACUUUU